GAUCUUAACUCAAAGACCAGUGAACGACACGUAGACUGACUAGAAAUUAGAAUUUGAUUACUUUACACAUCAGGUGUGAAAGAUAACCUAAUAAAAGGAAAGAGUGUUUUAUCAACAUUUCAUAUUUUAAUUUUGUUUCAGUUGCUCAUAAUUACUGAAACAGGUUUGAAAAUGGUGCAGUUAGAGUCAAUGUCGAGAUAUGUCUCUCCAGUGAACCCAGCAGUGUUUCCACAUCUGACAGUGAUCCUGCUGGGGAUCGGAAUAUUUUUCACAGCCUGGUUUUUUGUGUAUGAAGUCACGAGUACAAAGUUCACUAGAGAUUUGUUCAAGGAACUAUUGGUGUCAUUAGUUGCAGCAAUAUUUUCUGGUUUUGGAAUACUUUUCCUGAUGUUAUGGGUUGGAAUAUAUGUCUGAUACACAGAGAUGUGUCAAAAACUUCAUGCUGGUGUAUUUGUCACAGUUAUUAACUUCCAGAAACUAUCUCACAGCAAAUAAAUAUUCACCAUGACAAGAUAUUCAACUAUGUAACUGAAACAAUUACAUCUUUAUCAGGCAAACACUAUCAUUCCAUGUACUUUUGAAUAUUGAUUGUCACUAUGAGUGUUUUUGUAAAAAUGUUAAGACAUUACAACUCAUUACAAAAUA